GGGUAAUUCGUACAAAUAAAUUAAUAACACAAGUCAAUCGAAACCCUCGUUACAGAGGAGAAAAGGUGUCUGGAAAUGGCAUCGGCGAUUGUGAGAUCUGGCCUCCGCUCCGCCAUCCGCAGCGGCGCAUCUGUUCCACGCGCUUCCCCUGCUUCCAAACGGACCUUCGCUUCCCAUGGACAUCACGAUGAAGCUGCUGAGGCUGCAAAGUGGGAGAAGAUAACAUAUCUAGGUAUCGCAACUUGCACUAUUCUUGCAGUGGUUAACCUAUCCAAGGGUCAUCCUCACCAUGAGGAGCCUCCUCCAUACCCAUACUUGCACAUCCGUAACAAGGAGUUCCCCUGGGGUCCAGAUGGUCUUUUCGAGAAGAAGGAACAUCACUGAUCCUUCUGAGUUGGCGGAGUUGAAGAUUCAGAUGAAUGAUAGUGAUGUAGUUCAUUUUGGCAGUGUAUUUAAACUUGUGCAAUCAAGUUUUUCUCCCAAGUUCAAUUCAGUUUAUUGUACUUGUUCGGGAUUCAGUUCAAAUGCUUUUCAUUGUUCACUUUGUUCUGUGGUUCCUUGUGCCACUAAAUAAAAAUCGAGCAAUGGAUUGAAUUGGCUUUUUUCCCCAGCUAUUGCGCCAUAUGUUGACACUACCGUUUGAUAUUGUGGUCA